GCAUAAACAAGAUUCGACUUCGAAAUGUAUAAUUGUGCCACUGAAAUGUGCUGCGAAAACAACGUCUAGUUGAAGAGGAUUUUCAGACAGUAGUCUUGUUUGCAUUAUAGGUACUUCUAUUUUUUGACACCACCCGUACUGUAAAACGAAGAUUGAUCAUUGUGCCUCCACUUUGAUGACUACUUUCAUGACUUUGACCUGUCCAUCUUCAGGGGAAUCAAAAGAAGAUGGCAGCCGUGUCUCAUGGGCUUCAUGGGCUUCCUAGAAGUUGCAAAGUAGACCUGGUGAAGGAAGACGAGGUGGUGUGGUGAUAGCAAAAGUAGUGACCGCAACAAAAAUCGCGUCGCAUCGGGGGGAAGCAGCAAGUACUUUGCAUAAAGGGGUAGUAGAGACGAGCAGAAGGACAACGAAAAGAACAAAGGAUUGGUGUACUUCUCAGCCAGGAAUUGGUGUGGAGGUCAUUCACCGCAUCGUGAUAGACCGUUCAGGGCCAAGACUCUGAAAGAAGAUUGCUCAGGUUACAAGGGACACACUACUUCUUUCCUGCUUCGAAGAGAACAAAUACCUCUUCUUCUGGAGGACAAGGCAAUAACCUUAACUACUUCUUUCCAGCAGCAUCGAAGAGAAAUACUUCAUAUACUUCUCGUCCCCUCUUCUUAGAAGGAUCAUCCUCUAGCGAUGAAGAAGAAACCAAAUCAGCGGAAGUACCGAAAGAAGGAACGUGCGCAGGCCCCAGCGCGUCGCAAAGAUGCCCCGCUUGAGGGUGAAACUGGAGAUGAAGAUGGUAGACAAAUAAGUACGAGAUCAUUAUGUUGUAGGAGAACAAGAGAGCAGUUAAGACAAAUACAAGAUCAUUAUAUUGUAGUAGAACAGGAAAAAAUAAUUACCUAAGCAAUUUAAGAAGAAUACAAAUUUGUGUUGGAGAGGUACAAAUCAUUUUCGAUUUUCUUGUGGAACCAAAAAAGAUGGUAAAAAUGUAGAUUAGAACUGUGAAACUGCUAAAAACAACAGGUGGUAGUUAAGACUGACUGUCGUCUAGAUCGUGCACCACAUACAAGAGGAUCAUUAUGUUGUACUACUUCCACUGGUGGUUACGAGGGCCUUAAACGAAUAUUCCAAUUUUGAAGUGAACUGAAACUCCACUUUUUGAUCAAAGCUGAUGUCUCAAAGUGAAUAUUUCUAUCCUUAAGAACUCAAUUGAAGAUGAUCAUCAUAUUUAAAUCCAACUGAUUAAAUACUUAGGAGCGGAAUCGGAGGCGGUGGAGGAAGCCCCAAGGGGGAUGAGGGAGGCGGAGACGUCAGAAGACGAAGACGGCGAUGCGGAGGAGAACGAAAAUGCAGAUGCUGUUAUGAAUCAAUGAAAAUUUUGCUAUUUUUGACCCUCUUAUGCUAAGUUAUUCAAGGUGGAGUAGAACGAAGGGCGGGGAUGUAACUAGGUGCACCACUGGAAGGUAGAUGCGAUCCUCUUAUAGGUGCUAUGCUAUUCAAGGUGGAGUAGGUGAUAUGUUACUCAAUAUGGAUCCUCUUAAUGCUGGUGCUAUCUUAUUCACAGUGAAGAAGGAGAGUAUUGCUAGAAUAAAUUUCAUCUGGUAAGCUCUGCACUUAAGCGCGAAAACUGCUAAAAAAACACUUAAGGGGACGCUACUUAAGUGUGGUGUCCUUUCAGUGCCUCAGCAAUUCUCGCUUAAGUAGUGGCGGGGGCACUUAAGCGGCACCGCUUAAGCAAGGGGUCCCUUAGGUGCUUCGCUAAGCGUUGCUUAAGUGGUGACCGAGGCAUUUAAGGGGCAGCGCUUAAGCGAAGGGUCCCUUAUAAGUGCCUCAGUAGUUCUUGCUUAAGUAGUGACCAACGCAGCACUUACCGGACACUGCAUCUGUCGCUUAAUUCGUGACAACUGCAAGAACGGAAGGAUGGAGGCUAAUCUCUACGUCUCUAAGUCUGAUGAAAAUGAGAGCGGUGAAAAUGGAGAUACUCCGGAGACCGAUGACGAAGGCACAGACGGCUACCGAAAGGGCGGUUAUCACCAGGUUAAGGUGGGAGAGAUCUACAAUGGGAAGUACAAGGUAUUCAACUUUUUUUCGUUCUUGGCGAUUUUUUGACUUUGUGAUAAGUGAACAGGCCAACGCCUAAACCACUAAGCCAACUGCAAGGAAUUUAAUCGAGGAUGUAGUGAUAGUGUGGAAACCUCCCCUAACGCAAUUGUGAUUUAUGACGAAGGAAAACGAACAACAAGAAGUCGAAGUCUCUACUUACCGAGAACACUUAGCUGUAGUUGCUAAAAAGAUCAUCCCGACGAAUGUGAUAACUAUUCGGUAGUUCUACCUCCAGUUCCGUCACCCAAUAGGAAUAUCAAUAUCUUCGUUGACAACACCUUCACCUACAUUCAUUCCUUUACUUUUCCUAGUUAGUUUGGCUCCACCCAUAUAUAGGUGAUCGCCAAGUUAGGAUGGGGGCAUUUCAGUACUGUGUGGCUCGUGCAGGAUUCGGAGAUCCAAAGUUUCUUAGCCAUGAAAGUCCAAAAGAGUGCGGCUCAUUAUACGGAAGCAGCGUUCGACGAGAUAGAACUACUUGCGGAUGCAGCAAAACACGCAUCAGACAAAGGAUGGGGACACUCGUAUUUUUUAUGUUUGCUGUUUAGUGGUUCUUGAUGCAGCUCUUCAUAAAAACUGGUUACGGCUACACCCUUAAGACAACUGACAUUGUAGCGUAGUUUCGAGAAGAAAUCCUGAACAAUCAGUGCUGCGCAAAUCGUUCUUUAGCGCUAAUAUCUCCUAUGUGUAGUCAACUUCUCUUCCCAACGGCAUGCAGUCAAUAUCAGACUGCUUGCUUUUAGUUUUUUCCUCUGCCUCUUCCCAACAGCAUGCAGUCCAUAGCGGAUUGCUUGGGGCAUCAAUUUGGGGAAGGGCACACUGGUGUGGUACAAUUGAUCGACUAUUUUGAGCACCAUGGACCAAACGGGAGGCACGUCUGUAUGGUCUUCGAGCCUAUGGGACCAAACGUCCUGGCAGUUAUUAAGAGGUACUCUUUGUUUGACAGAGAGAUCAGCGAAUCAACAACAGAGCUUUAUAAAAAGUGAACGAGUCAAUCAUCUCGGUUCCAACAUUUUUUUAGCGAUUUAGUUGCCUAGUAGGCGUAGAGAAAGCUCCGAUGAAUAUUGCUCCUCACACUACAAAACCAAAUAUAAUUUUCAAAAAAAAUCAAAACGGUAGUUUCGAAAAUUAUGACUCGGACACUAUAAUACCAAUAAACGUCUACAACCAAGAACAACGUAUCAAUACCAGGUAUCAGUUCAAGGGCGUCCCGAUUGACUUAGUUCGAAAAAUAACGGCACACACGUUGAUCGGGUUGGAUUAUCUGCACCGAGUAUGUGGGAUUAUCCACACGGACUUGAAGCCAGAGAAUGUGCUGUAUGAAGAGAUGUUACUUCAGUAUUUAUAGGCGGAUUUGAUCAAUCUAGGAAACGUCUUUUAUGUCGGUCUUUUAUGUUGACCUUAAACUUAUCUUUCUUUGUCUCUUUCUGUUUCUUGCUUUCACUACUACAUCCUCAAGAUGGAGUUUUACAGCAAAGAUCUCCUAUUCUAAUCCCGAGUCCAACUCUAUUAUAGUGCGAAUAAAGUCGAUAGAGUGACAGCGUAAAGAAGAAAGACAGUGAGAGGUAGGAAACUAAAGAGGUAGCACAGAAAACAAAGAGGUAGGAAAAAAUUAGAACUAUCUGAAGUGAAUUAUUUAUCAUCCUUUCGGAAGCAGACCUUAGAUUAGGUCAGCUCUUUCUUUUUCUCCUAAUCUGGAGUCCAAUGCCCGCACGGCAUUCCAGUCGACAAGACGGGGCAGCCGCUGAUAGCGGCAGAUAUGAUUCGGAAAAACAAAACAAAGCUCUUCCUCGAGAACGACUCGCUGUCAUACAAGAACCUGAGCAAGAGUCAAAAGCGAAGGCUAAGGGCGAAGGAGAAGAAAGCAGAAGAAGCAAAUGCACAAACUUAUGUCAGAAGUGAGGAUGUUGAGACUUCUUGAUGUAAGUAGCUGGCGUAGAAUUUGAACUGGUCCUAAUCUAAAACCCCUCCUUUCAUUUCCCCGUAGAAAGGAAGAUCCUGGAGCCACCACCGUAUGUGAAGGGGAUGCUGAAGCCGAGUAGGUCUGAUCCGACGCUCUUGUCCAGCUACGCGGAAGCGGAAAACUUGAUGGUCAGAGCACCUUAUCAUCAUCAUUUAGCACAGCUUUGUCAGCCUAAACCAGCUGCAGAUACAAAGAAGGUGCCGAAAGAUAAGAGGAAUGGUAUCGAUCAUUCUAGUAGUAGUACUAGAUAUAUAAUACCACUUGCGAAAGUAGUAGCAAUAACUGUGAAAGUAGUAUGAUAUAUUCUUCAAUAUAUCGGAGUAGGAUCAAUAAUUCUUCAAUACACAGCAGUUGCACUAGACUCUGUAGGAGAUAGCUGUUUAUCGAAGAAUCUUGUUUGCGCGGGUACAGCUUUUCAUUUAUGACAGGUUGUUCCCCACUUCUAUGAAUAAAUGUACUUAGACAUAAUUCUUUUCUUUUCUCGUCGCUCCUUACAAACACAGAUUUAAGUAAGCUCUUCUCUCUCAUCACCACUACAGAUAAACACUUGUCAACCCCGGAUCCAGAGGAAAUUAGAGAAAAAUGCGAACUGGUGAAGGGAUUAGAUCUCUUCCUGCAUGACGAUGUUGUGUACUGAUUUUUGUUAUAUGUUUCUACUUUGAUUGGGCCCAAUGUGCAAGAUCCAUAACAAUUGUUGUGAUAUGUUUCUACUUUGAUUGGGCUAACCUAGCAUCCACAGGAAGAAUGAGGCGUAUUAAAGAAGGCUUAGUAGUCUAGUUGUACUCGAGUUUUCUCAGACUCAGAAGAUGCAUUCUAGUCUAGCAAACGAGAUUCUACGACUAAGACAGAUUGACAGACACCACGACCUAACCUAACCUAUCAUCUACUUGAAGAGCAUGCAUAGUACAACAGCUUCCGAAUCAAAGGCUUUAUGAAAGUCUUUUUGGAAACUUUUUUGAACAAAUCUAGCACGUAGCUCUCAAAAUCAAACUACUCACACAAACCAAUACCUCCAAUCCUACCACCACUCUCCAGAUACAAAGUCGUCGACCUCGGCAAUGCUUGUUGGACACAUACGCAUUUCUCGGAUGAUAUACAGACCAGGCAAUAUCGUAGUCCAGAGGUCAUGAUAGGUUCCGGCUACGAUACUUCCUCCGAUAUUUGGAGUCUGGCGUGCAUGACCUUCGAGCUUUUGACAGGUGACUACCUAUUCGACCCAAAGCCGAGUGACGAAUACCCGAGGGAUGAAGGUAAUAGAUUGCGAUUUUUGUUUGCAGGAAGGUUGGGCUCCACCACAAAAAUUAGAGCUUGCAGGAACUGUCUUACAACAGAGGAGAAAACGUUGUUUUGGAGAAACCUCCCAGGAAAUUUUUGUGUCAACUGCACUUAUCUUUUGCCAGAUCACCUCGCUCUCUGUGUUGAAUUGUUGGGUAAAAUCCCAACUGAGAUGAUACAGAAGGGUCGCAACGGUAGAACGUACUUCAAUCGCGCUGGAGACUUAAGACAUAUCAAAACUUUGCGCUACUGGGGUAUAGAAGAGGUGCUGAACCAGAAAUACAACGUCAACAUUAUGGAGGCGAGGAAUUUAGCGAGCUUCCUCAUACCUAUGCUGCAGUUGAGUCCGUCGGAGAGGUAAGAGUAUUUUUGGAGUAAUGAAAAGUAGAGAAAAAGAGGAGACGCUGAUGCAACUAAUUAACUAUCUUAUACCCCGUGAGUGGGUACAUCUAUCUAUCUAUUGCGUGUUAUACAUCUCAUCUUCCGAGGCCCUUGUACUCUUUUCCUAUUGAAAAUUCAACAUCUAAAAACAUUCUUCACUUCAGUUCCCCAAGAAUCUUCUUCACUUCUACCCUACUCAUUCCAUUCCAUGAUUGGCCUUUCCCACCUGAUCACACCCGGCCCCCUCUCAACCUCAGAGUAAACGCCCCCGAGCAGCAUUUUCAUUUCCCACACAAAAACAGGGUGAACGCCGAGCAGCAUUUGUCUCACCCUUGGCUAAGGGGAUUGCCGAGUCCGAUGCUGGAUGCGCACUUUCCGCCCAACCCUGUGAGACCGGGAAUGACAGGGCAGGAGAAGCUAGCGUACCAGGAUCAGGAGGAAUUUCGGAAACAAGCGUUUUUGUUGCAUUAUGAUGGGGCAUUUAAGUGCUAGAACAAGCAGCUCCCCCGGGAGCUGCUAGAACUGCUAGAACGGUCAUCAUCCCCAUCAAGAACUGGUAGAACAAGUACAGGAAAGAAGUGUUGCUACUUGCAUUCAGGAGUCUGUCUUAAAAACAGAGAUUUGCACUGAAAUCGCUUAGAAGCAGAGCUACUAAAUACAGAUUGAAGCUUUUCAGCAACUUUUUAGCUCCUUCUAACAUCCAGCCGAAGAGCGGAGAAAUGCAGUAGACGCCGGUGGGAGCGCGCAAGGGUUCCUCCCGCUUGGCGAAGGAGCUACCACCACAACUGUUUAUGAGAUCUUCAGUGAUGUGUCAUUUUACCCUCAAAAACAAGAUUGACGACUACUACUACCUAUUCUGUCUUUUAGCAAUUAUCAGUGUGUCACAUUUUACUCAUUUCAGUUUUCUUCAUUCAAUUUAUUUACGUUAUUGGGGAAUUGACUGACGAUCUUCAAGAGACCAAUACAAUUGGCUUAGAUGAUUCACUGACGAUCAAGAGAGGAAUAUGUUCCCAUCAUCAACAUCAGCUCCUCAUUUUCAAUCCUCAAGGGUCUCUUUCAUUGCACAGAGCAGAGCGCUGAAGUAGCGGUGACUUCGCUGAUGCAGGCUGAGAAGAGUUCGUCUUCGUUAGCUGGUGGGGCUUUAGGAGGCCCAGAGGUGGAACAGGAGGUAGAGGAGUGAGGCUAAGGGCGGAGCUUCCACUGGGUACGGGGUUUCACAGGGACACAAGAUUCUGUACUAUAUACCAAAUCGAGGUCUACUGAAUCAUAAUCUUUUUCGUAUUUUCGUUCUGUAGAAUCUCACAUUCAUACUAUUUUUAGAAAACGAUCAGGCAUUGUGAUUAGUGCUGCUCAAAACUGCAACAUAGGCCUUAUUCAAAAUUGUACAAUCAGGGUGGGCUAGUAAGAUAACUCGGAUGAUGAUGAAAUGCAUUGAUAAUUCGUGUUUCUCGAUGUAUUUGAUGUUAUGUGUUACUACAGUAGAGCUGUUCAUUUUGCCCAAUUACUGCCCCUACUACGCUCCCUAGAGAUUCCUAAUUGACAGAGAAUUCCUGCAAAAACCUAUGCAGGAGCUGUUGCAAUUCAAGAGUUAUCUUCUGCGCAAGGAAGUACACUAACCGUUAUUCUCACGAAGACACAAAUGUGCUAAGAAACGUUAUUAAUACCGUACGUCUGAUGAUUUGAUGCAUCCUGCAAGAACGGUAUUAAGAAGUCCUUUUUAUAGUACUCUAUACUUUUUUCAUCGACAAACAAUGAAUUACAACCAUCUACUCAGUCGGGCGAACUUAUUUCAUCUCUUUUUUUUCUUUUUUGACGACCCUAUCUAUGUAUACAACGCUUUAAAAUCAAAGAACUAUUUUGAUAACCGAGAUACAAUGCGCCUUCAACAACGACCGCUACUGAAAUAUCUAGUAUCUUCGAAUCUUCCUCCAAGACGAAAUGUUGUAUAAUGCACAAAGAAUUUGUCUAAGUCUUUUUUUCGAGAAUUUUUGAUCAUUUCAUCUGAAUGAGUAUCCGAAUAUUGGGUUUGGGUUGUUUGCUUCCCACCCUCCGAACAAGAUUAUUCAAACUGAUCAUCCAAGAGGAGCGGAAGGACUUUCCGCAGCUUCUUGUGACCAAGCAAGAAAAAUCAUUGAUUUACUGUGCUGUUUCUCUUUCUACUUUCUUGAAAACAAGAGGAUCAAAGAGUGCCUUUAUCUCCUGUGGAGAGAGGUAAGUCUUUGUCUCCGCACAGCCCACAGAGGCUCGCUGUAGGUGUAGCACAGCCG